GAGCCACCAGAUUUUGCAGCCAAAAGUGUUCCCAACAUGUAGCGAUCACAAAUUCUGGGAACAUGUUCAUCUUCCCCUUUACCACACUCAUAACACCCUACUUAUGUCUGCUCUACCCUUCACCUCUCUUCUUCCAGUUUCUCGGCAUUUCUAUUUAAACACGAUCCAAUGCUGCAACGACCUGGGACACACCACGAAGCUACCCAACAACCAUUAUGGAGGAGCCAGAUUUCCCGAGAAGAACACUUUCAUCCAUCAUUCUUCCAUAGCUCCACCUCCAAGGCCUCGAAGGAUCAUCCUCGUUCGACACGGACAGAGUGAAGGGAAUGUCGACGAGGCUGUCUACACGCGAGUCGCCGAUCCUAAGAUAGCCCUCACCGGCAAAGGCAAGGCUCAAGCAGAGGAAUGUGGAUAUAGGAUCCGGGACUUGCUUCUCAAAGACGCCUCUGAAAAUUGGAAACUUUACUUCUAUGUGUCCCCUUAUAGAAGGGCUCUCGAAACCUUGCAAUACUUGGCUCGCCCAUUUGAACGCUCCAGAAUUGCUGGCCUCAGAGAAGAGCCCCGUCUAAGAGAACAAGAUUUUGGGAAUUUUCAGAACAGAGAGAAGAUGAGAAAGGAGAAAGCAAUGCGCAUGCUUUAUGGUCGUUUCUUUUACAGAUUUCCAGACGGAGAGUCGGCGGCUGAUGUUUAUGAUAGAAUCACAGGAUUCAGAGAAACUCUGAGAACAGAUAUUAACAUUGGGAGGUUUCAGCCGCCCCGAGAAGAGAAGAUAGACAUGAACCUGGUCAUUGUGUCGCAUGGUCUCACACUUCGAGUAUUUCUCAUGAGAUGGUACAAGUGGACUGUCCAGCAAUUCGAGGGACUGAACAACAUGGGCAACGGACACAUGCUUGUCAUGGAAAAGGGCUAUGGUGGAAGAUACAGCUUACUGGUGCAUCACAGUGAAGAAGAGCUGAGAGAGUUUGGGUUGACAGAUGAAAUGCUAAUUGAUCAGGAAUGGCAAAUGUUCGCAAGACCAACUGAUUUGAACUAUGAUUGCCCGAUGCUCAAUUCCUUCUUCCCUCAUCUGAAUGAAGAAUUAAGUAGGACGACAUAAGAAGCAUGAUUGGCAGAUGUUAUAUAUCCAUAAUGUUCAGUAGCCGUUAAAAUCUUGUUGUAGCAUGAAAAAUGAUCAUAGAACUCUCUUUUCCUUCCUAUAUGCUGUGUGUGCGUGGGAUACAUGAGAAUCGACAUCUAUGUUUGCGGUGCAAAUUUUCUACUUAGUUAUCGCUUAAACAUUAUGACCAGAAGCUUGGAACGAUUUAUGGGUGGAAGGUGUGGUUUUGAGACUAGCCAUUAUAUUUA